CCGUGACUUCCAGGCGCGUCGUCUCACUUGUGGUGCGGUUUCGGUUGGUGAAGGUACUCUUGCAAGCUCUUGCGAUGGAGCGAGCCAUCGAAGGCGACGACGACAGGCCUCUACAACGACACGUGGUGACGGCAGCGACGACGACGUCUCGAUUCCAAUUGAGACCAGCUCGUGUGACUGGUUAACAGUGGUGGCUCCAGAGAGUCGACUUGAAACGAUUAGACGUUGGCUAAUGUGUUCCAGAAGUUUUUGCGGCAGUCCGGUCGGAAUUUUGUCGAAUUUUAACAUGGAAGCUGAUAACGGUUGUGAUUUAAAAGAAGUGAAAAAGUUUGUUGAGUGAAAAAUAUAAUUCCUAACGGAACCCGCAACUAUUAGACGGCACGUGCAGCAAAACAAAAACAAAGAAAAACGUUAACGAGUGUUCUAUGACAAAGUGCCAUCAGCAAUGAAUUGUUGAUUUUCCUCCUUAUUAGUCAUCUGGUGGUGGUGGUGUUUCUGUGACAGGUUCAUUGUUAUAACCUUCGAUUUGCAAUCAUAUUUAGAUUCCACAAAUGAAAAAAAACAACCGAUUGUGGGAGAUACCGGUAGACAAACAGAAAAUCACCAUUUGGAUUAGCGGCAAAGGGCAGCUGGAUAUAGGCACGAGCAACUGCAACGAAUUAUGGUAUUCAAAUCAAGGUUGUCAACAAAUCCCAAAAAAUCUCCAAACGCACGGUUUCCAUCAGCAGUGGGCUGAUAAAUCUUCUCCUCGUUGGACUGAACCUCGCUCGGAAGGACCAUAAACUGUGAUAAUCUAAAGACUAGAAGAGUGCCCCCGUUUUGUAUUGGCCUUAAAUCCGGCAUAAUGUGUUUUUGAAACGAGAUUCCAACGAAGGAUUGCCUUGCACUACAACUGGGUGGGGAGGGAAAAUAAAACGCUUUCCUGGAAAUCUUUCCCGAUCCAAUGACCAAAGUCCAACCAUUUGGUAGGGGAAUCGAAGGUUAGUUUUUCACGUUGUCGGUCGCUGGGGAAAAAAAGGUCAAACGUAGAGAAGAACUAGCUAAAGGAGGGGGUCUUAUCUGUGAUCGCAAAUCGGUUCGUUUCCGAAUCGUUGCCACUUGUUGUUGUUUCUGCUGCCGUUGUUGUUUGUGAAGAAGGGACAUCCAAUAAAAAGUCACAACCUUCCAAUUCCGACCAACCUGAGCGCCAAAGCAUAGAAUGACCUAUGGUGAUGGUUGCUCGAAACUCUACUGGAGAGAAGCACAGCAAGGUCGUAAACGAUUAAGGAGUUCUUGCGUGGGUGAAACGAGAAAGUGUGGCUCUGGCUAGGUGUAAGUGACUGUGUGUGCUCGCUCGCUAGUGUAAAUUUUAUCCUUGCUCUGCUAUCAGUGCUUCAACAAAGUAGUUGGUUGGCUCUUUGGUUGCAUUCAAGACUUUCAGAGUGCUGGUUUCGGCGGAAGUUGUUCAUGGUCCGCUAGAGGUAUGGAUUUGAUAUCGUUGCCUCCGUGUUCCCGACGAAUUGACUCGGGGAAAAUGGCUAGCACCGGGGAUCAUCACCUUCACCAUCAUCAGGGAAUUGGGCUGGGCAGCACGGCAAAUGGCAGCAGCAGCAGCAGUGGAGUUAGCCUUUCACCGACCAACACGAUUAUGAUCUCAACGACUUUCCUGAAGACCCCGGUCAAAACGGACCAGGAGAUACUGGAAAACUCGAUGCUGGAGGAUGAUCCCAAUUCCAACACCAUCCUGGCGGCGGACUGUGGCGGCUUAGCUGCCGAAAACUGUCAUAGAACCGGCGGCGGCAGUAUCAGCAACGGAACUCAUGGUACCGAAAGGAGGGGACCGGACUGUGAACAGCACCAGCAACAUCAACAACCUCGAUGGGGACCACAACACAAGGGAGCACAGGAGCUGGCAAAGCUGUACAGCAGCAGUAAACGAACUCAGGAAAUCAUUUGCGUCUACAUCUGCAUCACGUUGAUGAUCAUGAAUCUGUUUCUCAUAGUGAAGCACUUCUGCCUGGAACGGAUAAGUCAGGUGGUGGUGGCGGCGGUUUUCGGAAUCCUGACGGCCGAUUUCGGUUCCGGACUGGUCCAUUGGGGUGCCGACACCUGGGGUUCGGUUGAACUUCCCAUUAUUGGAAAGAAUUUUCUGCGUCCGUUUCGGGAGCAUCACAUCGAUCCGACGUCCAUCACCAGGCAUGAUUUCAUCGAAACCAAUGGAGACAAUUUUAUGGUGGCGUUGCCGAUUUUGGGGAAGCUGGCGUGGAAUUUCUUUACCCGAUCCAAUCCGGAGAUACAGCAGGAGUACGCCCUGAAUGCCUACCUGUUUCUGUGUUCGGUGUUUGUGGCGAUGACCAAUCAGAUCCAUAAAUGGUCCCACACCUACUGGGGCCUCCCGAAGUGGGUGCUGUUUUUGCAGAACCAUCACAUCAUCUUGCCCCGGCGACAUCAUCGGAUUCACCACGUGGCACCCCACGAGACGUACUUUUGCAUCACCACGGGAUGGCUGAAUUGGCCACUGGAGAAGAUUCGGUUUUGGUCCACCCUGGAGGCUGUCAUUGAGGCGUGUUUCGGACACAAACCACGGGCGGAUGAUUUGAAGUGGGCACAGAAGCGGACUUGAUCCUACACAAGCCAAAAUUUGGUCCAGAACAAGCACAACAUCUACCGGCGAAUGGGUGCAGCCUUAUCUGGGUUCAUGAUUUUCUAAGGCUCUCUACCAGCAGCGAUGCAGUGUGAAGGCGUAGGGUUCGGCUUCGAAUAAAUUUAUCCAUUCAUACGAGCAGGAACAGUUUGGACUCAAUUUAAAACUAGAGCACAUUUACAUACAUUUCUAGGCUGUUGAUAAGAGUUUUUAUGGUAAACAAUUCUGGCUCGCACGACGAGAAAUACGAUAUUUUGAUGCAUUUUAUCUGUAGGAUUUACAAAUGAGCUGAACGAAUUCAAACAGACGGACGUACGGGCGAAGCCGAGGAUAAAGAAAGAUUCGCCCGAAAUGGGAUUUCCAAAGUUUUUGGCCAGGCUGAGUGUUGUUGAGCUUUACCGAAGCAUUAUUUAUGCAAGGCUAAUAUUCCAGUGAUACAAAUAUAAAUGCAAUGAUGCAUGCUGAAGCAUUUUUGCUGGUGCUUAAAACUGGGAUGCAAAUACGAAACGUGCGAGAAAGGCGUUGCGGUGGCGUUUUAGAGCUUGAAUGAUUGAACCUUCUAGGAAAAAAAAAACUGAAACGACAAACUGUGCAGACCACAAAAUUGUGUUCCCUCCCCCUCCUAAAGCUGAGUGUGAGAAGUGCGCGUGCUUGAAUAGAAGAACGCCAUCGCGUUGGUGCAAAAUAUUAUAAGACAUACAAUUCUAAAACAAAACAAAAAUGUACCCAAGAGAAGUAUAAAUUAAUGAAAAACAUUGUUUAAUACCGCAUCUGUACAAACUAGUUAAGGUUCCAACCAACAAAGGUUGACUGCAACACCACGAAGCGAUACACACAUUGUUAGGUUGCUUAUUAGUUUAAGUUAGAAUGGUUAAAAAAAAUAAUUUAAACUUGUACCAAAAAUCAGAUGUGUGCUGCUGUCACAUUGCAAUCCAUUGGUUA